GUUAUUUAAUUACCAUCUGAGUAAUCACAUGGACUCUUAAAUUAAUUUUAAGAUUUAACCACAAAAUAAAAAUAAUUUUUGUUUACUCCAUAAAAUUGAUGAAUGAAAAAAUCAUUUAUCACAAAUUUCUGAUUCACAUAAAGGAGGAAGGUUAAGGCCAGAGUUUUUACAAAAAGUUUUGACUCGAUAAUUAUUUAUAAAAAAACAUAAAUCCCGAGUAAUAGUUUAGAAAAAAUAUAAUGUACAACUUCACAAGAGCGUGUGUUCAAAGAACCUUCAGAGAAUUUAUACGUCAAGACAAGCGUUUGAAAGGACAUAGUAAAUGGGCGAAUAUUCAGCACACAAAAGCUGAAAAAGAUGCUGAAAAAUCAGCACAGUCUUUAGCUUUUGCAAGACGUAUCAAAGUAGCUGUGGCUGAGAAUAAUAAUGUGACGAAGCCAAGUGAGAACCCAAAGCUUGCAAGUAUAAUUGACGAAGCUAGAAAGAAAAAUAUACCACAAGGAACGAUAAAUGGAAUAUUAGAAAAACUAGAGAAAUCAAAACUCAAAACUCAAACAGAACUGUUAGAUUUCCGCGGCCCUGGAGGCGCGACAUUUAUUGUAAGAUUAUUAUCCGGCAAUCUUAUUGCCACUAAAAACUCAUUGAAUACCGUGCUCAGAAAAAACAAGUGCACUUUAUCGGAUGGGAAAACUAAGGGAACUUUGUUUGAUCACUUUGGAUGCAUUAUUACAGAACAUAAAAAUAAUUUAGAUGCCGCUACUGAGGACGCUAUUGCUGUUGGGGCUGAGGAUGUUGAAGAAAUUGAAGAUAAUGGAAAAUUCUAUCGGUUCACAUGCGAUCCACUACGAGUACCAAAAGUUAAAAAUCAAUUAGAAUCAUUGAAUUACUCGGUACUGACAGCUGACGAAGAGUUCAUACCAAAAGCGACAAUUCAAUUGUCUGAUGAUGAUUUGAAACGAGUUGACACUCUCUUUGUAAAACUCAAAGUUCUCGAAGAAGUUGUUUCGAUUAACCACAAUAUUGACCUUCCUGAUGACGACGGAGAAGAAGAAGUAGUCAAAAAAAAGAAAAGUCGAUAAUUCAAAUUAAAUAUUAAUUAAAUAAUUAUAAUAUGUAAUUGUUAUUUUUAAAAUUUAUUAAUAAAUAUUCAUUAUUAUA